AUGGGUUUACCCCAACCUUCGACAGUCGCGCCAACAACAUUGCGCACCUCUAUUUCUUGUCCUCCACAUUUUAGAGGAGUUAGUGCCUGCGAUUUGGAUGGGCUUCCUGCGGGAAGGUCUAGCAGCAGGGUGCUUUCGUACCCAUUGAUAGGUGAUUUUAAUAGAAAGACCACAUUAGAUGGUCCGAAUGAAUCAAAUGGGUAUUCUAAUGACAAUCAUGAAUUUGAACAUGCAGACCUCCGUGGACUAAAUAUUGAUUCAAGGGAUGGAAAUUCUAGAUCUUUUCCUAAAUUGGUGCCUUCUGUCCACAUGCCGGCAAGAAGGGUUGUGGGCUUUGAUUCUGGUUGUGAAGGUUUUGAUGGAACAGAAACGAAUAUGGUCGAUUCAUCUUUGGUCAACAGUAAUUGCCAUUUGCCAUUUGAUCAGCAUGAACUCCAGGCAAGGAAAAGACUGCUCUCUCCAUUGAAAAAUGUGCUCCCUAAACAGUUCAAUGGUGAUAUGCUCAAUCUUUCUUCUGGUGAUUCUAGAUUUAGGCAUUCUGAUUCAGCCGAUAAACUAUACAGUACUGGCUCCCAUGAUAAUAAAAAAGCCAACACAGGAUGCCUCAAUUCUUUUGAAACACGGGAUACUCCAACCUCUAGGUGCUCCAGCUGGAGCCCAGAAUGGGAUGUUACUAGGAGCAAUUCUAAUUCAUUCACUGAUGGUCCUUUACUUGGGAGCAAGGAUUCUGUAUCCUAUUAUGAUCAUCUAGCAGCUAGUGCAAAAUUAACACACUCUCCGCUUUCUCUGUCUCCUCUCAGCCCUAAAUAUAUGAACAAAAUUAAGGUGACAGGAUCUCAAAGAUCUAUAAUGAAAGAUCUUGAGAAUGACUUCCUAGAUUUAAAGGAAACUGGAGGUUCUGACGGAGCUAGGAUGCAGGAUGUAUCAAAAGGAACUAACUUGUUACAUGAUGAACUUGAAGUUAUGACACCUAAAUGGAGUUCAUUGAGAAGAUACAGAAAUUGGGGCCCUGAAUCUUCCCCUACAUCUCCUCGAAUUGGUUAUGGUCGGAGUUUGUCUUUGCAUGUAAGGAGGUCACUCGUUGGCUCCUUUGAGGAGUCCCUUUUAUCUGGUCGAUACUCGUAUGGAAAAGACAGUCAGACAAUUGAUGGUUUCUUAGCUGUUUUAAAUGUCACUGGUGGUAGUUUCUUCCCCACAACUCAGAAACUUCCAUUCUCAGUAACAAGCAUCGAUGAGGAUAGCUCCUUAUUGUACUAUUCUUCUAUUGAUCUUGCCGGGAGGUUGCCUUCUAAUAACAGCAAAAGCCCGAAGAUCCAAAGAAGCUACAGUAAUAAUGAUUCACGAUCAGCAAAGAGUCGUUUACGCAUCCCUGUUAAGGGUCGCAUACAACUGGUGGUUAGCAACCCAGAGAAGACUCCACUUCAUACUUUCUUCUGCAACUAUGACUUGAGUGACAUGCCUUCUGGAACCAAGACUUUCAUGCGGCAAAAGGUCACACUCUCCCCCUCUGUCUUGCACUCUAAUCCAGUGGAAGAAGGAAGCAAGACUUGCAAUGUUAAUGUUGGGCCCAAGUCUUCUCAGUCAGUUUCAUGUGGAAGUGAACCUAGUGAACGGGGAACUCUAUGUUCUGAAUGCUGUGGCGGUGGACAGAACUGCAACUCAAAUGACGAAUCAGAAAAAGGAGAUCCAAAAACAAGAUGUCGAUCAUUGGAUAGUGAUUCUAAUGAAUCAAAUAAGUCUAGUUCUCGUGGAAAUAAGAAAGACCAUUCUGAUUCUGAUGGUUGCUGCUGUCAAAUGAAUAAGUUUGGCAUAGGAGAAAAGCAAUCAUGCUGCUCACCUUCUAAGAUCAACGAUAGUUCAGGUGGAGCUGUGCUUCGAUAUGCUUUGCACCUUCGAUUUCUGUGCCCCUCCAAGAAAUCCUCGAAAUCAAUGCUUCGGUGCAAAUCUGAUCCAUCAUCGGCACCACAUAGCAACAAUACAGUACCCGAGGAAGAGCGGAGGUUCUAUCUCUACAAUGAUCUUAGAGUUGUAUUUCCUCAAAGGCACUCAGAUGCAGAUGAAGGCGAGAUGCGAGUGGAGCAUGACUUCCCCGCCGAUCCCAAGUACUUUGACAUAAGCAACUGA